GUCUCACAGUUGCUUACAUUGAUUAUUCUAUUAAUUCCGCGCUUCGAUUGGCGGGGUCGAUACUCUUAUCGAAAUGUUUUCUCUACCAUUCUUUAAUCACAUAUUGAGUGUCGUACACGUAAACAUAUAUAGACUAAAUAUAAUAGAAUGAAUCAACCGAAUGUGUUCAGUGUUUAAACAUCGAAUUUCCGCGAUUAUAUAGUAUUGUUCAUUAGCAGGGAAUAAUUGCCUCUGCUGAAUCAUCAUUUGUUCAUGAAAUUGUUUGCAAUUCAAUUACAUGUAUUAUUUACGUGAUAUGCAUUGGGUUAAGAUGGUGAAACUUUAUGCCCUCACUGUCCUGUACAAAGGUCCGACUUCUGCGACUGCACUGAAAUGUGCUUAUGAUGUAGAAUCAUUUUCCUACUUCCAGAGGAGUAGUGUCAGAGAAUUUAUGGCUUUCGUCAGUAAAACGAUAACGGAGAGAACUCAAAUCGCGGCUCGACAGAGCGUCAAGGAAGGAGAAUACAUGUGUCACGUGUACGUCAGAGGUGACAAUCUAGCCGGAGUUCUCAUAUCGGAUCACGAAUAUCCAAACCGGGUCUCACACACUCUAAUUACCAAAGUAUUGGAUGAAUUUGCGGCUCGGCAUCCUUCGAACACAUGGGCAACAUUAAACGAAGCGACCGCCGAUUUUCCACAAAUUAAUACGUACCUAGCCAAAUAUCAAAAUCCUCAGGAGGCUGAUUCGCUUACAAAAAUGCAAAAUAAUCUUGAUGAGACGAAGAUCAUAUUGCAUAGUACACUGGAGGCCGUACUCCAAAGAGGCGAAAAACUGGACGAUCUUGUUGCGAAAUCCGAAGGUCUGAGUGUACAGUCAAAGGCGUUUUACAAGACGGCGAGAAAAACUAACUCGUGUUGCAGUUUAACAGCUUAAUGAAAAAUUUUAAGGAUCGCGGGUUAACACAGAUGAAUUAAUCAUCCCAUUGUCAUUCAGCAUGAUCAUCAAAUGCCUGUUUGCGAUUCUACAAUAACCGUGGAGUAGCCAGCGUUACAUCCGACAUUGUUGUACGUGAUAAAACCAAAUGAUAUGUUAUGGGGCUGCGUUGAUUAUGGAGAAUUAGUUUUUUUCGAAAAUGAGCUAUAAACUUUCGAGAACCGCUGGUAUUCCUGAAAAAUGAGGUCGUAAACAAACAAAAUAAAAAGUUUUCAAUGUUUAGCUUAUAUUUAGGGAGCUUCUAAUUCUGAGAUGCUCUCAUCAGAGCUUAUCAAAGGAAAUCUCUAAAUUUAUUGUUUCCUUAUAUAUGAAUUGCGAGAAAUUCCAUUACGUAUCUCCAAAUUAUCAAAGAGAAAUUUCUUCAAUUAUUUUUGUCUUUAUUCAUUUUUCCGAAAGUUAAAAACAGUUUUUUAACGAUUUCCAUUAAUGAUAAACGUGUAAUCAUGAAUCGGAAUUUUUUUUCGGUUAUUUAAAUCCAAAGUUGAAAAAAAAAAAAUAAUUAAUGAUGAAGAAAAAAUUGUUUGAAAAUCCCAAUGGCAUGUAAAACCCUUGAAUAAAUUGCCUCCUCUGAAUGUCGCAAGAUGUUAAAUAACAUCACUGACGAAAUAUUGGAAAACGCAAAAAAAAGUAUUAUCGGGAAAAUUGCAACAUUUUUUUCCCACUGCUUGAUUUUUUCUUCCGCUCCACAAAAUUUACAUAACGGUCCUAAUUAAAUUUUGAGAUCCUCUGACUCGUCGAAGAUUCCUAAAAAAAAAGGAUAAUGUUGCUUUAAUUUUGUGUGUCUUGUAUUAUGAAACGAAAACAAGAAAUGGAAGUUUAAAAAUGUUUAAAAGUGUGACACAGUAUUACAUUCCAAUCGAAAAAAAAGUUUCCACAAUUAUUGAAUUUAGUUCAAUAAUUAUUCACCUUCAAUGUCGUCGGAGAUCUCAUUAUUUUCCUAUAGUAUUGACAUACAUUGAGAGGAAAAAUUAUUUUUUUUUCUUUCUCACUUAUCAAACAGUUUCCGACAAUUGAGUAAAUCGCGAAACAAUUUGGGAACAAAAAAUAUUCGCACUCCAACAAGUGUUGUUGGUGGAUAGUAUUGGACAAAAGUAUAUUCAAUUUUUUUUUCAUUCGAAAAACAUAAAGCAACAAAUUUAGUUUACUGAUUGAAAGAAUUUACAGGGGAAAGUAAAUUUUUAUUGUUUUUUCACCAUCCUUCUGUGCACGUUUUCUUACCAAUGAACAAUCCGCCAUGAUCAAUUAUCUCUGUCCAUUCCUACAGAAUCUUCGGAUUAUCGAAACCUCUUGACGACCGUCUUUCCAUUGUAAAAUCGAAAAAUACUAGUUGUGAAAGAAGAUGGAGCAACAAAAAAGUACACAGUUGCACAAAUUAUGGACUCAAUUUGUCGUGCGUUGACGAAACGAUGAUUGUUAUCCAUCGUACAUUAUUAUGGUAUAUCGAUUCAAAAAUAUGAAUGCUAUAUUGAUCGUUGCGAAUGAAGAAUUUCUGUGUAAUAUAUGUGUGGAAUCGAUGUUUAUAUUUUAGUGCGAAAUCAAGGGGAAGUACAGUUAGAAAUUUACGAAUAAAUGCUACAGAUGAUUGAAAAAAUUAUUUUCUGCUCGCUGAUGAAGGAUGGCUCGAUGAAAAGAAUUAGAGAUUAUUUCGAGUGGAUGAUGUAGUGCAAUUUUUAGAAUACUAAUCAAUAAUUUAUUCUAUGAUUUCAAAGUUUGCAUUGUUCAAAUGUGGAAUUUGCGGUUCAAUUGAAUUCCUGUUGCAAUUCAGAAGAAAAAAGUUGCAGAAAUGAAUUCAAAUAUUUCGAAACAUGAAAGCACAUUCGUUCCACCGAAAAGGUGCGAUCCUCAAAAUCACUCUUCGUUUGCUUUUUAGAAGAUAUUACGUCGUACUUCCUUAGCGUUUACCUUUUUCCACGUGAGAAAAAAGAACGAAAAAUAACCAACGAAAGGGCUGAUACAUUUCUCAAUAGUGUCGACAAAACGAUACGCGGGAUUUGAACUGUGUAAAAUGUGUAUUCAACUAUAAUGUAUGUAUAAUACUAUUCUAUGUGUAUAAUACUUGAACUACUUGUAUCCAUUUAUAUUAUAUAUCAAAAGAGCGAAAAAUUCA